AUGGAUUAUGACGAUUGUGAUUACUACACGUACCAGAACUCAAACUGUACUUAUCUUGUGCCAAUAUUUAGUACACCACCAGUGAUAACAAAGCCUCAACCGAUGGAGAAAUUUGGGGAAAAUUUCUACGCGUAUGUGACGCCCUUUAUAAUUCUCGUCGGAGUCGUCGGGAACUCUCUCUCCCUCGUAGUUUUUUUGUCGAAGAAUUUACGAAGCAUGUCUGCCAGUAGAUAUCUUGCCGCCUUAUCUACAGCAGACCUAUGUACAUUGGUUUUUUAUGUGUUUUGUGAAUGGUUAAGGCGAGGAGUCUCAGUUAUAUUUCCGAAAUUUGAGAUAUCCUUCUUCGAAAUUCGCGGAGUUUGCCAAACUUGGAAUUACAUUCAUUACACCUUUAGAUUAAUCUCAUCGUGGUUAAUUGUAGCUUUUACUUGUGAGAGAUUUAUUGGAGUUUGCAUGCCAAUGCGACGAAGAAAUCUUGGUUCUUUAAAGGAUACUUCGAGAAUAAUAUUUGGAGUUUGUUUCGUUUCGGCAUUAGUUGCACUGUACAAGCCAAUUAUGAGUGAAGUUCAAAUUCUUAGUGGAAAACCAAUAUGCGCAAGAAAUCCAGAAUUCGCGUUCGAGUCGUUUGUGUUAGAUAUUGUGUAUGCCAUACUUAUUGCAAUAGUACCGUUUCUAAUAAUUUCCACCCUCAACAUUGUAAUUAUUAAGACACUUAUAAAACGACAACGAAACUCCAGAUAUAAUUGUAUCACUGCAGAAUGCCACAUUCGACUUGAAUUCACACUCAUCCUGUUAGCAAUUUCUUUUUUCUUCUUAGCCUUCGCCCUUCCGUACUUUGUGAUCUGGAUAAAACAAUACCUAGAAACUCACAUGAAUUUAGACGACAUUCAAUCCUUCCAGUACUGGAGAGGAUUGCUUCAAAUUACGCGGACCAUCUUCUACAUGAACUACUGCAUCAACUUCUUUCUGUACAGUGUGACUGGUGCCUGUUUCAGACGAGAACUUAAGAUGUUGUUCUUUGGCCCACCGGACCGAGCAAGAUACGAUGGAUGUUAUAGAACAACAACAGGAACCAAUGGAACAAAUGGUACCAAUUCAACACAGAUCAGAUAUAGGAAUUCUUGGGUUUAA